GGUGGGCAUGGCGGUGUGCGCUCGGCUCUGCGGCGUGGGCCCGGCGCGCGGGUGUCGGCGCCGCCAGCAGCGCGGGGGUCCGGCCGAGACGACGGCGGCGGACAGCGAGCUGGACACGGACCCGGAGGAGGAGCGCAUCGAGGCGGGGCCGUCGCCGCCGCCGCGCUGCUCGCUGCUGGACCUGCCGCCCGAGCUGCUGGUGGAGAUCUUCGCCUCGUUGCCCGGCACCGAUCUGCCCAGCCUGGCGCAGGUCUGCAGCAAGUUCCGCCGCGUGCUGCACACCGACACAAUCUGGCGGCGGCGCUGCCGCGAGGAGUACGGCGUUUGUGAGAACUUGCGGAAGAUGGAGAUCACGGGCUUGUCUUGCCGGGAUAUCUACGCAAAGCGUGUAAACCCGCACGUGAAGUCAGGGCGCUUCAUGAGAAUCCUUCCCGACUACAAGCACAUGGAGUACAGGGACGUGUACACCUGCCUGCUUCACCGAUACCGACACAUUCUGGGAUUGUGGCAGCCAGACAUUGGGCCGUAUGGAGGACUACUGAAUGUGGUGGUGGAUGGCUUGUUCAUCAUCGGCUGGAUGUACCUGCCGCCCCAUGACCCUCACGUGGAUGACCCCAUGCGAUUCAAGCCUUUGUUUCGAAUCCACCUGAUGGAGAGGAAGUUGGCCACGGUGGAGUGUAUGUAUGGCCACAAGGGGCCUCACAAUGGCCACAUCCAGAUAGUGAAGAAGGAUGAGUUCUCCACUAAGUGCAACCAGACGGACCACCACAGGAUGUCUGGCGGGAGGCAGGAGGAGUUCCGGACGUGGCUGAGGGAGGAGUGGGGCCGCACGCUGGAGGACAUUUUCCACGAGCACAUGCAGGAGCUCAUUCUGAUGAAGUUCAUCUACACCAGUCAGUACGACAACUGCCUGACCUACCGCCGGAUCUACCUCCCGCCCAGCCGCCCGGACGACCUCAUCAAGCCCGGCCUCUUCAAGGGCACCUACGGCAGCCAUGGCCUGGAGAUCGUGAUGCUCAGCUUCCAUGGCCACCGCGCCAGGGGCACCAAGAUCACGGGUGACCCCAACAUCCCUGCCGGGCAGCAGACGGUGGAGGUCGACCUGAGACACCGCAUCCAGCUGCCUGACAUUGAGAAUCUCCGCAACUUCAAUGAGCUCUCGCGUAUUGUCCUGGAGGUGCGAGAGCAGGUGCGGCAGGAGCAGCAGCAGGAGCCCAGCGAGGGCCCGGCCCUGCCCCAGGAGCAGGCAGCUAGGGAGGCGGACGCAGCGCCCGCUGAGGACAGCAGGAAGCCUGCAGAUGGAGCAGCUGCGGCUGAGCAGCUAGCCCAGUCUGGCAAGGGCCAGCCGUUUGUGUUGCCCAUGGGCGUGAGCUCGAGGAACGAGGACUAUCCCCGCACCUGCCGGAUGUGUUUUUAUGGCACAGGCCUCAUUGCCGGCCAUGGCUUCACCAGCCCCGAGCGCACUCCGGGCGUCUUUCUCUUGUUCGAUGAGGACCGCUUCGGGUUCAUCUGGCUGGAGCUGAAGUCCUUCAGCCUGUACAGCCGGGUCCGGGCCUCCUUCCGGCAUGCAGACGCACCCUCGCCUCAGGCCUUCGAUGAGAUGCUCAAGAACAUCCAGUCCCUCACUUCCUGACCGCCGCGCCCAUGAUGGCCAGCCUGGUGCGGCCCUGCUGCCGUGCAUGGAAGCAGCACGCACUUUGGAAACGCAGCCUUCUCUCUGGAACGCGCACCCGCUCGCCAGGCCUCGGCCCGGCCCCCGAGAUACUUCUUGUAUAGCGUGUAGCAUAUUCCCGUAUGUUGUUGGUAGCCGUGAAGGAAAGAGCUGAGCAUGUAAAAAAAGGCGAGUGAAGGGACGAGCCAGAAUGAAUGUGACCUAGAGCAGCGGCUGCAGGACGUAGGGACGGAAGUGGGGAGCUGUGUCCUGGCGAGCUGGGUGUCUUCCAGGUGAAACAACCCUCUUUCGGGGUGGACUGUAGUGUAGCAGCCAGGCACUUCCCCUGAGCAGAUGUGGUGCCCUGCUCCACCUGCCCCUCUGGACGAGUGAAACAAGCGGCCAUGGCUUGUGAGGGCCCAGGGAGGUGGUGAGGAAAGAGCUCGCCUGGGCAGAGGUGGGAAGGACGGUGUAUACAGAGAGGAGCUCCCGGGAGUCGCAGGACGUCAGGCUUGGGGUUACGACCUUGGAUAGAGUUCCGUCUGCUGCUGACUUGCUUGGAUUUUGGUCGAAGGUAUUUCUCCCCAUGCUUUCCCCGUCAGUGCGUUGGGCUGGUGGUGUGGGUGGCUAGGGAAUGUCACUGCAGACACAGCCAACCUCCAGCGUGGCUCCCUGGGAGCCUGGAUGCCAAGGCUCUUCUGAGCCUGCACUGUGCCAGCAGCUGGUUCCAGGUGGGAGUUGUUCUGUGCACACAGCCCACCCUCCCCUCUUGUACCCGCUCUGCGCCCGGCUGCCCGGCACUUGUGGGGUGCCAGUCUCCGGGGCACAGGUCUGGCCCGAUGCUGCUUUCAUUUCACUGCGUGGUCCACGCAGGUGUAGCUCUCCAGCAUGGCCGCACAGGCCCGCUGAAGCCGUUUGCAGGGGAGAGCACAGCCUUCUAGACAGGGGGGCCAUGCACGUCCAAGGCCAGGACUGUUCCAGACCUGCCCCUUGGAGACCCCAGUGCCAGUGUUUCUCUGGGCCUCACGUCCCUGCUGUCGGCACCUGCAUUUGCAGAGCUCCGUCUAAGGUCCCGCCGAUGCCAGUGUCUCUGGAAGGACGGGGACCUCCUGGAAUCUGUCGCUCCUCCUGCCCUGCGGCUUGUUCAGCCCUGAGCAGACUCUGGUGCAUGCCUCCCCUCUCGGUUGGGGUGCUCGGUGGCUGCUCUGAGCCCCGCUCUGGGCACUCAGGACUUAGCCCUGCCGGUGAGACCCCUGGCAGUUGUGUGCUGCCUUUGCUUAGAGAUCAACCAAGGAUGUCCCGUGAAAUGUUUUUCUGAUUAAUUUCUCCCUGACUGGGUUAAAAAAAGUUCCCCAGUCCUGGCUUCUGUUCACUGGCAGCUGCUUACUUGGCUCCCAGAUGCAGAAUUGACCAGCUCUGUGGCGAGGUCCCUGUGUGACACGCUGCCCCGGGAGGUUCCGCUGAGACUCGGGUGAAGAGGCAGAGAGGCAGGUGGAGAAGGAGGGUGCCCUGGACAGAGCAGGGUCAUCCAGACACGCAGGGGUCACCCAGACGCGCUGAGAGGACUCCAGCUAAAUGUGAGGGCGCCGUCCCAGCUUCUAGCAGUUUUUGCAGGGUUGAGCCUGAAAUCUUUGGUCACUUCCUUCCCCGUCUUCACAAGGAUGGUUACUGUGACCAUGAAGCUGCAAGUUCAGUUGGGUGUGUAGACCGUGGCUCUGUACGUUUCACCACUACCGAAAUGAAUCCAAGGAAAUGCAUUUUUUUACCCAGAGCCCGUGGCUUGCUCCGAGGGACCUGUCUCCACCACAGGCGCCUUUAGCAUUGUGAAGAGCACACUGAUGGACGAGAAGUACUUCUGAUUAAAAAAUCCUCAGAUCUAAACUGUGUAGCCUGCUCCUAGUGUUUGGACAUUUAAAUGAUUUCCUAAAUAACCAAGGCUGUGUGAGUGUGGGGCCGUAGGACGAUCCCAGGCAGGGCCCGCAGCCAGGCAGGUGAGGUCCAGGCGUCCACACAGCUGGGCCCUGCAGGCCAUCAGGCUGCUACAGUCAUUCAGAGGACGAGGCUGGGCUUUUUCCAUUCUUUUCUUUUUGGUACCAGGGAUCAAACUCAGAACCUUCCACUUGCCGGGCUGGCACAGUGCCACUGUGCUACAUCCCCAGCCAUUUUUUCCAUUCGUAAGUGUCCUUGGCUACUUCUUCAGUUACGCAGGAACACUGGACACCAGUGGCUUCCAGCGGAUGCCCUGUCACUUCAUUCACUGCAGGUGAGGACCCAGAGUGGUUGUUGCCCCAGGUGUGGCGGUGCAGGCCGGCACAGGCCUGUCAUCCCAGCCCUGCGAGAGGCGGAGACAGGACUGCAAAUUCAAGGCCAGUGACUUAGCCUGAGCCUGUCUCAAAAAAUAAAAAAGGGCUAGGGCUGUAGCUCAGAGUGAAGGUCCUGGACUCAGUCCCCCAUCGUGAGAAACAGAACAAAUGGCUGAUGACUCUGAUCUUGCUGAAGCAGGUUCCCAGGAAGCGCCUUUGCAGUGCAGUCCCCUCCCCUCCACCCCUCCUGCGCCAGGGCCCACGUGGAGCACAGCUGGGAGCCCGGUGGGCAGAUGUAGGGUGGUUUCUGGGCCCUUCUCUCAGGUGAGCGCUGGUGAAUGGCUUUUACUUGCCAUUUUGCUGCUCUGGGGUUUGGUAUAAAAUAGCGCAUUGCGGUGUGGGGUGCAGGGAAGUGGGGGUUCCCUGCGUCCUGGAAGUGCUCUGCUGUGUGCACAUGACUGGCUGAGGACUACAAGCAUGAGACUGGGGGUUUUUCUGUCAGGGGUGUGUGUGUUUGCAAGUCUUUGUUUUUAGGGUGUGAGGUGGGCCUGGCAGUAUCAGGAGGUGUUGAGCACUCGAGGGUGAGUGGCUUUGGUGGCCUUGUGGUAGCGUUCAGCUCCUCCUUCCUUGCUCCCAACUGGCCCCUUUCUGGCCUUGCGCUGGCUCCCUCUGGCAUCAGCCCGGCCCACGCAGUGCUGGCUGUGCGUGACGGUGCUCACGGUCCUCAGGCCUUUACUCUGGGCUGUCCACUCCGCAGCUUCACUGUCCUCUCCUGGGUCCUUCCGUCCUGGACUCCCUGGCACAUCCUCCAGGCAGAGGACUGCCAGCAUUGGCCUUCCUCUGGCACACUCCCUGCCAGGCUAUACCUUUCUUUGCCGAGAAGGGAUUGUUGCUGUGACCGGGGUGCAAGGGGCCUCCUGGGCUCUCCGUGGGCAGCCAGCGCUUCUCAUACUGCACCUUCACUUUAUUGUCCUUAAGCAGCCCAGCCCAGCCUGUUUCUUUGUGGAAUCCGGGUCGAUGGAGUUUCCGGGUUCCAUGUGGUCCUCUUCCUCACAAUCACGGGCGCCGAGGACAUGGAGCACCCUGAUCUGUAAUGCAGGAUCUGAGCAGAGCAGCCGGUUUCAGACCCCCCUCCCAUCCUGACUUUUAACAGUGUUCUCACCUGAGUCACCUGCCUUGAGCAGGACCCCCCAGCCCCCCAUCAAGCCCAGUGUUAACACAGCACUCUCUCUGGACUUGAUUCACGGCGAAGAGGGUUCUAGCUGGAGUAUAUGUGCUCAGCAGGAGAAGAGGGGGCGACAGCUCACCCAGUUCCCCUUCUGCUUUGGGAAUGCUCUGACAUUCACAGCUCGGGGGCCCACACCGCCAGCCUUUGGGGUUGGUGAUGAGCAGUGACAUUUGAUGCUGGCAGGAAGGCACUCGUGCCUGGGGGUCCUACCUGGGUCCCAGGGAGACCAGCUGGGCACGGAGGGUCAGAGGCUGUGAUUGCUUCAGCUUGCUUUUACUUUGGGCGGUUGAGUUGUUAGCCUACUUGCAGGAGAGCACAUUUUCCCUGUGCGUCUUCAGCCCUUGACUGGGGAGGACAGCGCUUGCAGGUCAUCUGGGGCCUGUUCCAGGGCCACUGGGUGGGGAAGCAGCUUCUAAGGUAUGCCUGGCACCUGUGUUGUCACCUGGGAUGGUGUUCCCUGAGGUGUGCGUGACUGCGUCUCCUCUGAGUCUUAAUGAGUCUGAUUUGAAGGUGUGUCUCGUGGGGUGUGAUUCAGGUGAGGCCCUGGGCGACAUGGGCUGUGGGAGGGCUGGACUAGAGCUGUGCUUCCGUGCCAUCUCCUGACAAGCGAAGUCUCAGUUCUCCCACGCUGGAGGAUGGGGCGUCCAAGUGACUCGCCGGAGCUGGUGGUCGGCUUUGUCCUCUGUCCCGGCCCAGCUGUUCCCUCAGGGCACAGGGAGCCACAGGGGUCCUCCAAGCCAGCCUGAGCUGUUUGAGAGCAGAGUAGGUAAGAGCAGGGAUGUGCGGGCAGCCAGCGCACGUGCUGAGGACCUGCUGUGCUUGUCCUCUGUACCAAAGGAGCACGUCUUUGUGACAAAUCCCAGUGUUUAACGCACAGUGAAAGUCCCUCAGCUUCUCAUCCCAGUCUCCCCAUCACUGUUGUGAAUUAACGUUGUUGGCCUGGAUUUUUUUUUUUUCAAAGUACUGAGGAUUGAACCCAGGGCCUUCAUAAUGGAGCUACACCCCAUCCCCUGCCCCUUUAAAAAAAAUUGGAGACAGUGGCCUUAAACUUGCAAUCUUCCUGCCUCAGCUUUCUGAGUAGUUUUGAUUACAGACAUCUGCCACAGUGCCCAGAAGCCUGAUCGCUAAUAAAAAGGGCAUUUUCCAUGGAGAUGCACUGAGACUGUUCCAUGGCAGGGGUGGUGGGCUGCUGCCCGGCAUUGGCAGUGACACAGGAAAGCGGGAUCACAGGUGGGGACAGCUAGGGCCAACUUGAAGACGUAGGCCCCUGGAAGCAGCACCCUGGGCAGCUGGCAGGCAGGGGCCCAGGCUGCUACAGAUGCUGCAGACAGGAGGUGGCGGGCGUCCAACAGCUAGCUACCUGUGCAGAUAGACAUAAGGGCCAGACUGCGCGUACCACAAAAAGUUGAAUAAAAUGAUACACGGUGAGUAUUUAUGUAAAAUACAAAAAUGAAACAGUUUUUAUCAAUUCACAUGUCUCUAAAAACACUGGUACCUAGAGGGUAGUGGUCACAUCUGGGGGCUGCAGGGCGGAAUUGCAGGUAUGUGAGGAUUUCCUUCAAGAGUUGAAAAUGUGAUGAGAGCUGAAGUUUUCACGCAGGGACGCUGGCAUCUGUCUCCGGCCACUGCGGGUCAGAGGACACCCUGCUCUGUGUGACCAUGGAACUGCCCAGUCGCCAGUGCCCAGGCCCGCCCGUGCAGUGCCCCUCAGGGCCAGUACAUCGCUGUCUGCUCCCGAGAGCAGGGCCCGUCCCUCGGCAGUGGCACUUGCCUCUACCGUCAACUCUGCUCUGGGGUUCGGGUCUCUCUGUGGGGUCUGGGGGAAUCUGUGAAAUGUGUGUGUUGUGCUAAUGACCAGUGACUGCCGGGUCCCCUGACCACACCAGCUGGGCCUGCUGCUGGGAGCGCAGGAGGCCGGCAGUCAGGAUGAGUGGCCAUGUUGUGUCACCCUGGGGGCCCGUGCGUCUGAUCUGAGUGACUGGUGUUGUCCGGGAGUGCAGGGUGGACCUGUGCCGCUAUCCCCACUGUCCUGCUGCAGCUGGGUGAGAGGCAGGUGGCCUCGUUCCUGGGUUCUGUCCAAGGGCAGUGUCCUCGGAGUCUGAACCAGGCCUUCUUUUCCAUCUACUGCACAACUCUGAUGGGGACGGAAGCCGAGGGAGUGUGGGGUCCCCCAGGGCCCUGUGUCCAACUCCUGUGGGACUGAAGGUCGCGCUGCAGGGGAGCUGAGGAGGGGCUCACAGUUGGUCGCCUGCCACACACAGCCCGCCUCCAUCUGGGGCUGUCCCUGAGGACCCGAUAUUCUGCCCGCUCAGCUGCAGGAGCUGUGUGCCCAGGGUCCUUUGUCUCCGCUGCCUGGGAGAGUCUCUGUAGGGUGACCUCUAGUGGGCACUCAGGAUGCAGCAGCAACAUGAGAAGGACGAGGACACGCCAUCUGGAUUGCUGGCGAACUCUGCCGUGUUGGCCUGAACGUCCACACGUGAUGCCCGGCAGGCAGCUCUGCGUCCUCCCUGCGACGCUGCUGUCCUGGGGGCACCUGCUCUGCCUCCCUUCGGGAGGGCAUGAUCACUGCUGCUUUUUCACGCUUCACCUUGACCCAGUCUGAAGGUGCGACCGCACCGAGGACGCCCCCUGCUGGUCUUAACCCAGGAUCGGCCUGCACGGCCUCUAAGCAGCCACAUCUUGCAGUGACCUGAGGUCCCUGGGACUCCGGAGCGGUUCCCGGCCCUCAGCGCCAGGGAAGCGUUUUCUGGGUGUUCUCCCUGGAACACCUUGGGAGGCGCAGGUUGGUUAAGAUCAGCCUCCCUACAGGGAGGAAGCAGCAGCCCAGAGAGGUUGAGUGAUGUGCCCAAGGUCACGCAGCCGGGGAGUUUUUCAAAAAUACUGCUUGUUUUUGAUGUAUAAUCCACGUCCAGGAAAACGAAACUGGUUUUCUGAGUUGGCGCAGUGUAGGCCAGCAGCACACAGCAGACACGGUGACCCACUCCUUCCCCUCCACCUCAUAGCGUUCCUCGUGCCAAGGCCCAGUCCGUGGGCUCAGCGACUGCCCGCCUUCUUGCACCAGCAGUUUUUCAGCCUAUUUUCACGAUCAUCCUUUCCAAGGAGUACUUUGCUCCCCGACCCCGUGGAACUUGAACACCGUGGACACGAUGGUUGUGUCGCCCCCUCCAUGAGCCUGCGCUUGCCCUGUGGGGUGGCACCUGGCGAGGGGUGGGGUGGGGGUCCCAUUGCCUUUCCUCCUGCUUGCUGGCAUUGCAGUCUGCUGUCCGGUUGUUUCCGGCGGAUGCUUUAUGAGCAAAGUCCCUGUGAGCACUCACAGGCACUCUGCAAGGUCGCAUGGUAAGCGCGUGGCACAGAAGGGGCCUCCCACCUCACCGCCCUGCCAGGCGCUCACCAGCUGUGCUGUGCCCCAGCCCCACCGGCUGGUGCCGGUGGGGAUACUGCGUGACCGUGCCCCUUCCCUCGUGCCUCUCCAGGUGCUCGCUUGCCGCCGUGAAUGGCAGAUCCCUGAUGGAGAUGCCAGGGCCAGGGAAGGGGGGGGCACGAGGACAUAGCUAGCCAGAGGGUGCCAGCUUGGUGCUCGGGAGGCUGGGGGCCGGCGAGCCAGGGGUGUGUAGGUGGCAGUCCCGAGCCUUUCCCCAGGGUCUGAGCAGCCGACAAGUACUUCUUGCCUGUCCCAAGCCUUGGAGCCCAGCCGGGGUUCUGAGAACUCUUGUUUCAUUUGCUCCAGAUAGGAAAGAGUCCAUUUCCUCACUGUGAACCUCAGGUUAUUUCAAGGAGUAGAUGAGAGAAAAUGCAGAAAGCGUACCUAUGAAUACUUGGCACCCAAGAAAUGAUUGCAUUUAGCUGUUACCACCUCCACUGCCAGCAUCAUCUCAUUCCCAGCACCACCGGGUUCAUCACCUGGCUCGCCCAAAGUCUGCUCCUGGGGACACCUGAUAUGUGGCCCUUACACAGGAGCUUAGCUGAGGCCUCCUUGAGAAGGUGUAGACCGUGUUCAGGGAGCAGCCUGGCGUCUGGGGAGGAGCGGCCAGGGCAGGGCCGGGUGCAGGAGGGCAUCAGUGAGAGUGCGCAUGCGCAUUUGCAGGAUAGACAGGUGCACGGUGUGGGGCUGAGUGCCGCAGGAGACAGGCCUGAGGCGGUGCAGGCGGGUGGGGGGGUGGCCUUGGGCGGGAAGAUGCGUGCACAGAGCUGGUGAGGAGCUGUGCUGGCCGGAUGUGGGGCGGGGAUGAGAAGAGCAGGGCGUCAGGUCCCAGCUCUGACCUGUGCAGCACCCCGCUCCCCUGCCUGCGGAGUCAUUGACAUCAGUGCUGAGAGCCCCACCUGGGUGCCCGGGUGGCAGACAAGGCACUCAUUCUGAGCCUUGUGGCACGUGGCCCUCCUGAAGACCACCGAAGCCACUGCUGCUCGUGACCAGGGACCCAGGAAGCCUGGGACAGAGCAAGACCUAAUUUCCAUCCUCUCCGCAUGCGCCUGGGUCCCUACGCCCUUCCCAGGCUCAGGAGGGGACAGAGGAUGCCUGAGGAGGGUGGGUGGCCUAACUGCCAUGGAGCUUCUCUCCUUGGUUAGCAGAGUUCCGCAGGGAGCCACGGGUGCAGGACACUCGGUGCGUGGGCGGGCGGGCGGGCAGCCUCUGCUCCCACGGUGCGUCUUGGCGAUUUCAGAGAAAGCUCUGGGACAUGGUUCUCAGGGCUGUGCAGUGUGGCGGUGACAGGCACUGGGAAGCAGUGCACUGUCUCAGACCCUGGUUGGCUUGUGCAGGCUGUGCCCUUACUGCUCUGAGGUAAGAGGAAGGGGAUGGUACCGCAUCCCCGCAGACUGCAGGGGCACAAAGUGAAGGAAGACCAGGACGUGAUGUGGGUGUCUUAUGGCUGGAAGAAGAGAACUGUAAAAUGUCACUGUUGGAGAGACGGAGAGAAUAAGGGGUGAGGAUGACAUCAGAGACCCCAAGAAGAAAGGGUAAGGGUUUAAGUCAGCAGAGCUGCACAAAGUGACAUCUUUUAGUGGGGAUGUCACUGAACACAGGGCAGCAGUCUGGAUGACAGUGAGUGUCCUAUUGAGGCAGUUCAUACAACACAAACCAGCCCAAGUCAGUGACACCUGUGAUCGUGACCCAGAAUGCUCAGAACUCCAGCCCAGAGAAACCCAAAAAACUGUCUCCAAUGAAGGAAAUGAGAUUUAAAAAGUUAUAGUUCUUGGGCCGGGGACUUAGCUCAGUGGUUCUGGUGCCUGCCUCACAAGCCCAAGGUCUGAGUUUGAUCCUUGGUACCAAAAAUAAAAAAAAGUUCUUAGCUCAUUUACUAUUCUCAUCUGGGUCAAACUAGGCAAGGUUAUUCUGGAGUAACAAGCCAACUUCAAAGCCACAGAGGCUGAGUUCUUUUCUGGCUUAGUGACGUGGGUGUCUGCAGUGGCAUCUCCAAAGCUGACUGCAGACACAGGUUUGGCAGUCAGGCUCCAGGUGAAGCGCCAUGCACGCUCUGGCUCCUCUGCCCCAAGUCUCCUGGACUCUGCCAGUGGGAGGGUCAUGCUGGGUGACUCCCCUGUGCUUGUCUACCCACAGGGUCUUGUGGCUGAGUUGACCUUGUUUUGGUGACCAGCCCUGUGGAGUUGGCAGAGGUGCUCCACUUUGCCUUGCCAGUGGACCCCCAAACCCUGCAGAUGGGGUUACCCACAGCUCCUCUUUGUCGGGCAGUCUUCAUUUGCAGUGGAUGCCAGUCUUUUCCUUUCUCCUGGGAGCUUAACUCCUUCAGAAAUAAACAGUCUGAAACAAGGCUUGGGGAAGGAGUGUCCCUCCUCUUCCUCUUCCUGCAUUUUGGAAACCCCAGAUAGAAGCUUGCUGCAGACUCCAGCGACACUGCUGCCGCCUUCCUGCUUGUUUCCUGCCAUCUGCCCAGUUUUCCUUAAACAGUUCAUUAGCGAUUGCUUUAGCAGUGACCGGCAUGAGUUCAUCUCUGCCCACCAGGUCUCCAAGGGACACUGGUCUUGUCCCUGGAUGAACCAGAGCCCCAGCUCUGGACUCUUGUCACGAGCCGGCAGCACAGAUAGUGUUUUUAAAAAAUCUGACCUAGGCCUUCCAUGCAGACUGUCAGAGCAGGGAUGGGGAGGGAGUUGUCUGGGUUAGGGUGCCUAAAAGCAGACUUUGAGAUGAAGAUUUCCAAGUAGUUUAUUGGAGAGGGGACCUGAAAGCCAGGUGAGAUGAAGAAGGGAACAGCCAGUGCAAAGGCAUCAAGAAGGGCAGGAGCGUGGGCACAGGAGCUCAGUCCUGUGGGGGACGCUGGGAGGUGGGUGGUAUGGGAUGCACCCUGGAGUUACCCCAUUUAUCCACCUUCCCUGUCGUUGCUGAGGGCUACCUCCAUCCAGACGUGAGUCAAGUGACACUGAUGUCUGCAAGAAGCCAUGGAGCAGUGACGGGUGCUAGGAAGCUUGGUGUGGAGAUGAGUGCUGAUGGGGGCAGGCUCUGUGAGGGAGGGGCACACUGCUUUUCCUGUGAAGCCCAGCAGCCCGACAGCUCAGGCAUCAGCUGUUGCUGCAGGGUAACCACUAGCUGGAGGUACUUAUGUGCAAAUUCACACACCGAGGUCCUGCUGAGCAGGUCUGGGUGCAGGCCCAGACCCAGGCCAGGGUGUGCUGUGGGAAGCCGAGUGCAAGGUAAAUGCAAGCUCCAUUUGUGCUCCCAGUGAGGGAGCCUUGGUUGGUGAACAAAAUGCACAACUGUGUCCAGGAAUCUACAGGGGUUUCUCUCCCGGGACAAGCAACUUCUGUUCACUUGGCUGGAGUCCUCAUGACUCUUGGAUGCACACAGCCCUCUGCUCUUCCUUCCCCCUACUUGGGGGCUUUGGAAACAAAAGAUCUGGAAGAGGAACACUUGGUAGCCACAGGCUUCUCUGGUCCUGCUUCCCUCUUGCGAGGCAGUAAGCCAACUUCACGCUAGUUGCAGGAAGGAAAAAUUCAGAGAGAACAAAGAACUGUUCUGCCAUACUCACAGGAUAAGCUGGCGUGUGCUGAAUCCGCACAAUGUCCUGGCUCUCUUAAGCAAUUUCCAUGCUGUCUCACUGGAGCUUCUCAAACAUCCUCGGGGGCUGGGGGGGGGUGUAGAUCUGUGGUAGACCACUAGUCCGGUGUGUAAGGCUGUGGGUUUCAUGCCAGCACAAAACAAAACCCCAAACCACCUUGGGAUUAGUUCUCUGAUUAUCAUUAUUUUAUACACAAAUCUGAGGCUCUGACGUUAGGCGACUUGCCUGAUAUUUGCCUCUGAUUCAGAGGCAGUGAGGACUGGGAACCUUCAGAGGCAAGCAGGGUGGAGUGUCCUCUGGAGUAGAUUGUCCUUCCUGGUUUUGAAUGUCAUACAUGUGGCCCGAAUCCACGUGUGGGCCUGGCUGCUUUACCUCUUCGCUUCAUCUGUGUUGCUGUGGCUUGCAGUUGUGCUCUUUCCCCCCACUGUGUUCCUCUUUGUGACUGUACCAUCAUUUUUUAAAUAAAGUUUUUCUUCAAAGGA